AUGCCACCUCUUCCUCUUGCCAGUCUGGGGCUUUCCGAACAGACCCCCUUGUCACCAAAUGACUCCAAUGCCACUUCUAAUGCCACUCUAAAUCCAAUUCCAGAUUCUCCUCAAACCGGAAUCUUUGCCAACAUCACUUCAAAUCCUCUUUUCUCGGCUGGUUUUGGCUUAUUAGGUGUAGGUGCCGGUCUAAGCUUACUCAAAAAGGGUACCAAUGCCGCUGCAUCCUACACACGUCGAAGAUUGUUAGUCACACUCGAGAUCCCCUCAAAAGACAAAUCAUAUGCCUGGUUCCUACAAUGGAUGGCACAACAGGCACCAAAACGUCAAGUCCAACACCUGGCGGUCGAAACAAGUUUCAAACAACACGACAAUGGCAGUGUGACGACCAAGUUUGGACUAGUACCUGGGCCUGGAAACCACUACUUUAAGUGGAAGGGCAUCUGGAUGAAAGUUGAACGCCAGCGAGACGGAAAGAUGAUGGAUCUUUCUACCGGAAGUCCCUGGGAGACCAUCACGGUCACUACGCUUUCCAGAGACCGUGGUGUGUUCACACACUUGCUAGAGGAGGCCCAGAGUAUGGCACUCAAGAAGCAAGAAGGCAAGACGGUAAUCUAUACGUCCUAUGGCCCUGAGUGGAGACCAUUUGGCAUGCCUCGUCGAAGACGGUUGCUGGAUUCGGUCAUCCUGGACAAUGGAAUCACAGAAAGAAUCGUCAAGGACGUCAGGGCAUUUAUCGGUAGUGGCAAGUGGUACAAUGAGCGUGGUAUUCCUUAUAGAAGAGGCUAUUUAUUACAUGGUCCCCCUGGAUCAGGAAAAAGUAGUUUCAUCCAAGCACUCGCAGGCGAGUUGGAGUACAAUAUCUGUAUCCUCAAUCUGUCCGAGAGAGGAUUGACUGACGAUAGAUUGAACCAUUUGUUAAGUAACGUUCCUGAACGGAGUAUAAUGUUAUUGGAGGAUAUCGAUGCCGCUUUCACAAAGAGAUCCCAAUCAGACAACCAAGGCUAUCAGUCCAUGAUCACCUUUAGUGGGCUUUUGAAUGCCCUGGACGGUGUGGCAUCUGCUGAAGAGCGUAUUAUCUUCCUAACGACAAAUCAUCUGGAUAAGCUCGACCCGGCCCUUAUCCGACCCGGCCGAGUCGAUCUGAAGGAAUACUUGGGGAAUGCUACUCCUCAUCAACUCCGAGGCAUGUUCUUACGCUUCUAUGGAGACCGGCCAGAUCUUGCAGAUGCAUUCGUAGCACGUCUGGAUGGUAAAACCGUCAGUACCGCAAGUCUCCAAGGGCAUUUUGUGUACUACAAAGAUGAUCCUCUUGAAGCUAUUGAAAAAGCAGACGAAUUAUUGAGACAAUAA